AUGAGUGUGGAAGCCAAGUACCGUGCAGCUUCUCUGUAUGUGGGUGACCUCCACGAAGAUGUCACUGAGGAUGUGUUAUUCAGAAAGUUCAACACAGUGGGACCAGUGUUGUCCAUCCGCAUCUGCAAGGACCUGGUUUCCGGGCGUUCACUGGGCUAUGCCUAUGUCAACUUCCUCCAGCUGGACGAUGCGCAGAAGGCCCUAGACACCAUGAACUUUGACUUGAUCAAAGGCAAAUCCAUCCGUCUCAUGUGGUCUCAACGGGAUGCAUACCUGAGGAAAUCGGGAAUCGGGAAUGUGUUUAUCAAGAAUCUGGACAAAUCCAUUGAUAACAAAACCUUGUAUGAAAACUUCUCUCCGUUUGGAAAGAUCCUGUCCUCCAAGGUGAUGAGUGACGAGGAAGGCUCCAAGGGCUAUGGCUUCGUGCACUACCAGGACCAGAGUGCUGCAGACAGGGCCAUCGAGGAGAUGAAUGGGAAGCAGUUGAGGGACUGCGCAGUGUUUGUGGCCAGAUUCAAAAGCCGUCAGGAUCGUGAGGCUGAGCUCAGAAGCAAACCCAGCGAAUUCACUAACGUGUACAUCAAAAACUUUGGGGAUGAUAUGGACGAUGAGGGGCUCAAGGAAGUUUUCAGCAAAUACGGCCAAACUUUGAGCGUCAAGGUGAUGAAAGAUGCCAACGGGAAGUCCAAAGGCUUCGGGUUUGUAAGCUUUUAUAGCCACGAGGCUGCCAGAAAUGCAGUUGAAGAAAUGAAUGGACAGGAUAUAAACGGGCAGACAAUUUUUGUAGGCAGAGCUCAGAAGAAGGUAGAACGCCAGGCUGAGUUGAAGGAAAUGUUUGAACAGAUGAAAAAGGAAAGAAUCCGUGCACGUCAUGCGGCGAAGCUCUACAUUAAGAACCUGGAUGAAACCAUCGAUGAUGAAACACUGCGCAAGGAAUUUUCUUGCUUUGGGUCCAUUUGCCGAGUUAAGGUGAUGCAGGAGGCAGGGCAAAGCAAAGGGUUUGGCUUGAUCUGCUUUUUCUCUCCCGAGGCAGCUGCUAAAGCAAUGGCUGAGAUGAAUGGCCGCGUCCUGGGCUCCAAACCCCUCAACAUUGCACUGGGCCAGAAGCACUGAAGAAGAACGAUCCUACCUCGCCAAUCUCAGUAGCAGCUAGAGCAAUACUGCUCUCCCCCUGAAGGGUGCUGUAAGGGUAAGCGUCAAAACUUGAUGGCUGCUCAAUGAAUUUUGUGUACAAAAACAUUUCUUGUGUGUGUGUAUGAAAAAGCAAAUGUGUGUUAGAAGCUUGGUUUGUUUUGCAGGGUGCAUCCUCAAAUUUUAAAAAAAUGCAUAUAUUUUUUCUUAUUUUCUAAUAUUCACAACUGUUUAAUUGGUUACAUUUUUAUUAUAUUUUGAACCAAAUGAAGCAAAUGCUUGUAUUUAUUGCAUAUUUUAGUCUUUUGUUUUAAUAACGUUGCGAGCUUUAGUUUCUCCUAUGAAAAGGU